UUGUUGCAUGUACAUUAAUGAUAAAAAGGUUAUAUUAUAAGAUGAUUUGUUUUCUAUUGGAAUUUGUUUGGUGAACAUUGACCAUCUCACUACAUUGUAGACGUUUUCGUUACCAGGACAUGCAUCCCAAGUGUCGAUGAAGAUGAUGCGAGGUGAAGUGUCGGCCAAGACGACGUAUCAGCGCACCUCCUCUGGACCCGUCGUAGUCGCCUCCGUCGACCCUGAGGGCAAGUUCAUCGUCCUCGAGAACACAUCGUCAGGAACAUCACGCAGGGAUGUCGAUCUCGACAGCUACAGACUUGAGAGGGACUUGGACUCCAAGAGAAAACUGUCAUACACCUUCAGAAACUAUUCACUGAAGGCCGGGAAACAGGUCAAGGUAAGGGACGCGUUGGUAACGUCUGUUGCUGUUGGCAACGUCCACUAUGUGGUUAAUAAAGGUCCUCUUUCUGCUCUCUGUAACCAUAUGGAAUAGGGCCCGUAUGUAGGU